AUGGUGGGCACAAAAGGAGACUGUGAGGAGGACACAGCUGCCAUGAAACUCCUGGAUCUCGAGGUACCUUUUGAUUACUUUUUGAGCACUGCUAAGCUGCUUCUGGAGUAUGGAAGAGAUUCUAUGGGGUUUGAUUUUCUGAAGACUGUCUGUAACCGGUUUGAGUCGUCAGCAGAUGUGGGGAAAGCGUUUCUGCUCCACGUUGAGCUCCUCUUACAAAGGAAGGAAGACCAGCUUGCCAAGGAGAAGGUUGAGGACAUCCUUACAGCUCAUCGUGCAGGAAAAGAGCUGCCCCCCAAAAUAUUAAGCUGGCUGCACAACAUUCUCUGGGACCAAGCUGCCCAAAAUUUUGAGGCACAGAAUUACUCUGAGGCCCUGCAUUGGUAUGAUUAUUCCUUGAGUUUCUAUCCAUCUGGGCGGAUGGAUUCGGACUUUGCCAAACUACAGAGGAAUCGAGCUUCCUGCUAUAUUCAUCUGAAGGAGCUGGAAAAGGCCAACGAGGCUGUAAAAGAAGCCGCAAGAUGUGACGCUGCCAACAUUUUCACCCAGUUUGUCAUGUUCAAGGUUGCGGUCUCAAGAGGCAAUACUGAAGAAGCGCUGGUGGCAGUUGAUGCCCUGGAGAAAUUUGUGGCCAACCCAGCUGUGAAAGAAAAAGGGAACAUUAAAGAAGGAAAUUCGCCUACUACUUUUCUCAGUGUAGCAGCCCAGUUUGCUUUACAGAAUGGACGACAAGAAGUGGCUAUGAGGGCCCUGGAGUACUUAGCUCAACAUUCCCAAGACUUGCGACAAGUUCUUACUGCUUUGAAGUGUUUGAUCUGUCUUGUUAUUCCUAAAACGUCUCAAACAACUGAAUCUGCAGAAAACAGAAAGGAAGAAAUGAACAGACUUUGGUCUUGGCUGGAGACAGCCCACCAGAGACUCGCUGAGGCGGUAGCAAAAGAGAAACUGACUUUGGAUGUGCUGACUAAUGAAGCCCAUUGGUUUCGAAAAAUAGCCUGGAACUUGGCCAUGCAGUGUGAAAAGUGCUCAGGGACCAUGCGAGACUUCUUCCUGCUUUCUUACAAGCUCUCCCAGUUCUGUCCCUCUGAGAAAGCCAUUCUGAUUUCACGAAAGACAUGCUUGCUGAUGGCGGCGGCUGCUGAUUUAGAGCUAGGGAGAAGUGUUUCAGAAGCUUCCCAACAGACUGAGAUGCUGACUCAUGCACUUGAGCAUGUGCAGGGGUGCAAAGAAAUCGUGAACGUCCUGAAAUUAGCAGGGGACAGCUUCAAGGAUCCAGCUGAGAAUUUGCUUCUCCUUUAUGAGAUCGAGGCCAGAGCCAAGCUGAAUGAUGUAGGCCUGACCAGCCUCCUGGAGUCCGUGUGGAAGCUGCCUCAAUUAGAGACCAAAAUACUAGAGACGAUUGCAUCUGUAGCAAUGGAGUACCCUGCCUACUAUCCAGACAUCUCGAAAAAGGCCUUGAGAAAGGCCUUAUCUCUCUAUCUGCAAGAAGAACCCAUCGAUGCUGUGAAGUUCAGCAAAUGUCUGCGCAACUUCAUUAACCUUUUGCUGCCAGAUGGGAUAUUGGGCACAGAUAUGUGUCCCCUGCAAGAAAUUUGGAGCUUCUUCGAAGACGCUCUUCGUGUGAUCAGUCACUCACGUGACCAGGAUGCGGAGCCAUCAAAGGAGACAGAGAAGAAGCGAGCUGAGAGGGAGGAGGAAAAUGGCGAAGGGGCUGUCCUGAAGAGGACUGAGGAGAAGAGGGUGGAGAGGAAUAUAGAGUGA